AGCCAUGGUUGAACGAGUGGCCCUCAACAAUGUGUUCCUUUGAGCUUCUAAGCAUUGCCUUUUAGUUGUGCAGCAAGAGCCCAGGAGAUUCACCAGCCCAGGGAACCCAGAGAUGCUGUUCUUUGUCACUGGACAUUCGGGUCUGAGUGGAGAAGAACAUCGUGGAAAAAACAAAGGAGAAAACCCCAGGGGAACACUGCAUGGUGGCUGCUUCCUCCUGCAGAAGAGUCUCUUUAUAUUACUUUAGGGAUUGUAUUUCCUUUUUUUAAAUACAAUAACCUUCAGCUUCUUUUUAAAGAUUUUCAAGACAGUGGUCCUGAGGGAGGCUAAUAAAUUGGCUGAAAUGGAAGAGCCACCUUUGCUGCCAGGGGAGACCAUUAAAGACAUGGCUAAGGAUGUUACUUACAUCUGCCCCUUCACUGGAGCAAUCAGAGGAACCCUUACUGUUACCAAUUAUAGACUGUAUUUUAAAAGCAUGGAACGGGACCCUCCUUUUGUCCUAGAUGCAUCUUUAGGUGUAAUCAACAGAGUGGAGAAGAUUGGAGGUGCUUCCAGUCGUGGUGAAAAUUCGUAUGGGCUGGAGAUUGUGUGCAAGGAUAUUCGAAACUUGCGGUUUGCUCAUAAGCCUGAAGGGAGAACUAGACGAUCCAUAUUUGAGAACCUAAUGAAAUAUGCUUUUCCAGUUUCAAAUAAUCUGCCACUUUUUGCCUUUGAGUACAAAGAGGUUUUCCCAGAAAAUGGAUGGAAAGUAUAUGACCCAACUUGGGAGUACAGAAGACAGGGAAUUCCCAAUGAAAGCUGGAGGCUGACCAAGAUUAACGAGCGCUACGAGCUGUGUGAUACGUACCCUGCCAUUCUAGCUGUGCCUGUAAACAUUCCCGACGAGGAGUUAAAGAGAGUGGCAUCCUUCAGAUCCAGAGGACGCAUACCAGUCUUGUCAUGGAUUCACCCAGAAAGUCAAGCAACGAUCACGCGCUGUAGCCAGCCCAUGGUGGGCGUGAGUGGCAAGCGGAGCAAGGAAGAUGAAAAGUACCUUCAAGCCAUCAUGGAUUCUAAUGCCCAGUCCCAUAAAAUCUUCAUAUUUGAUGCAAGGCCUAGUGUGAAUGCUGUAGCUAAUAAGGCUAAAGGAGGGGGCUAUGAGAGCGAGGAUGCCUAUCAGAAUGCAGAAUUAGUGUUCCUGGAUAUUCACAACAUUCAUGUUAUGAGAGAGUCGCUGAGAAAACUGAAAGAAAUUGUGUAUCCCAAUAUCGAGGAGACUCAUUGGCUAUCUAAUUUAGAGUCAACUCACUGGCUAGAGCAUAUCAAGCUCAUUCUUGCUGGAGCCCUUCGGAUUGCUGACAAAGUGGAGUCGGGGAAGACAUCUGUGGUGGUUCACUGCAGCGAUGGCUGGGACCGCACAGCCCAGCUGACCUCUCUGGCCCUGCUCAUGCUGGAUGGCUACUACCGCACCAUCAGGGGCUUUGAGGUGCUCGUGGAGAAGGAGUGGCUGAGCUUCGGCCACAGAUUCCAGCUGAGAGUCGGCCAUGGGGACAAGAACCACGCGGAUGCAGAUCGCUCUCCCGUCUUCCUGCAGUUCAUCGACUGCGUCUGGCAAAUGACGAGACAGUUUCCUACAGCAUUUGAGUUCAACGAGUACUUCCUGAUCACCAUCCUGGAUCACCUGUACAGCUGUUUGUUUGGGACCUUCCUGUGCAGCAGUGAGCAGCAGAGAGUGAAGGAGAGCCUUCCAAAAAAGACUGUAUCACUUUGGUCUUACAUCAACAGCCAACUGGAAGACUUUACUAACCCCUUGUACGUGAGCUACUCCAACCACGUCCUGUAUCCCGUGGCCAGCAUGCGCCACCUCGAGCUGUGGGUCGGCUACUACAUCCGCUGGAACCCCAGGAUGAAGCCUCAGGAACCAGUUCACAAUCGCUACAAGGAGCUUCUGGCCAAGCGGGCUGAGCUGCAGAAGAAAGUGGAGGAACUGCAGAGAGAGAUCACCAACCGUUCCACCUCAUCCUCGGAGCGUGCCGGCUCUCCCGCACAGUGCGUCGCUCCCGUACAGACAGUUGUAUAAUACGGACUUUUUUCUGCUGACUACCUUCCCAGGACCAUGGGGGGCAGCUUUUCUGAAACCACCUGGAUUUCCAGCAUGGUGCCUGGGAGAUGCCAACUUAUUUAUUUAUUUCUCUCCAGGGUAAUUUAUUAGUACUGUAGCACUAGAGAAAGCUUAAAGCAAAAACCAACACAGACAAGACCCCCUAUGCAAUUACCCUUCUCAGUGGCUAGCUUAUAAUACAAGCCAAUUCCACUUGCCACCUGUAAGAAGCCUGGAGC